UCGCCAAGGAGCUUAGAAAAUAGCUGAUUCGACUCGAUAAAAUACGAGUAUAGUGUGUUCAGUCACUAACGAAGGGCUAAACUCCUGCAGUGAACAAGUGUUUAAAAAUAGUAUCAGUAAACGAGUAUAUGUCUUUACCUACACGAGGUCUAUAACCUCAAAUACUUUUUCAGUGCAAAUCUUGAAAAUUAACCGUAAUAAUUAAGCGAGUGAUGGAAAUCAGCGAGAACACAGUCAGGGUGAAGGAAGAGCCGAAAGCAAGUGACGAUAUUGUCAAUUUGGUGGACUCUUGCGAAGUCAAACAUUUGGAAACAUUCUCGUUUCAUACAUCAUCAGCCAAUAACACGAAUGAGCCUGUGCCGUUGCAGAAAAAGUUAGAUGAAGAAAUAUUUAUUGAUAUUGAGUGGAAAGAUGUUAAACCUCAAAUAUUGUCUAUAUCGAAAAUCGUCUGCAAAAAUGAGUAUCAAAAUUAUCCACCCAUUGUAAAAAUAAAAAACGAAAAUCAAAUAUCGUCAAACAUCUGCAAAACUGAAGGUCAAUGUUGUCUAUCUACAGUGAAAAUAGAAAAUCAAACUCAAACUUACUACUCCAUGAAAAAAAGUCCAAUCAUUUUGAUAAAAAAAGAUUUCGAUUAUUAUAGUAAUCGUAAAUUUCAAGUAAAUUCACAAUUGAAAUUUGAAAGGAAUAAGGAGAGUCAACAAUUUAAAAAAAUUACUUAUACUAAACUAUUUGAUAAAGGUAAAACGAAUCGACAAAAUUAUAAAAGAGAAACAAAUCUAAAUACACAUAUCAAUGCAACGCAAGAGAGAAUUAGACCAAAAGAAUGGAAAAUUUGCAACAAGCAAUACAAAAGUGCCCUUAAAACUCACUUGCGUAUAGUACAUAAUCGGAGCUUUGAAUGUGAAAUUUGUCACAAAUCAUUUGGACGAAAAUGUACGCUAAAAACUCACAUAAAUGCAUACAUGAUGAAAGAAAACCAUCCGAAUGUGAGAUUUGUCAAAAAUCAUUUGGACAAAAACAACACCUCGAAACUCAUAUUGAUGCAGUACAUAAGCGUAGCAAACCCUUCGAAUUACAUGAUGAAAGAAAACCAUUCGAAUGUGAGAUUUGUCAAAAAUCAUUUGGACAAAAACAACACCUCGAAACUCAUAUUAAUGCAGUACAUAAGCGUAGCAAACCCUUUGAAUGUGAGAUGUGUCUGA